AUGGCCGCCAUGGAAAUGCACUCAUUGGGCGCGCGCUCCCUAAACCACGCGUCCGCCGAUACCGAAGCCGAGUACGACCGUCUCCGCGACCUCGCGCGCCAAGAAGCCGCAAAACGCUCCUCCUGCUUCGACAAAGCCCACCAAGCGUACGAAUCCGGCGAUGGAGCGCGCGCCCACGAGCUUUCCGAAGAAGGCAAAGCCCACGCCGCGAAGAUGGACCAAUACAACCAUCAAGCGCGCGACUACAUCUUCCGUGAAAACAACGCCGAGGGCAGAGUCGCAGGCGAUACCAUCGAUCUCCACGGCUUGUUCGUAGAAGAGGCCGAGGAUGUUCUGGAAGAGAGGAUUAGGGUUGCAAGACAGAGAGGUGAAGGCCAUCUACACGUUAUUGUGGGCAAGGGAAACCACAGCAGGAACCAUGUCCAGAAGAUCAAGCCGCGAGUCGAGCAGGUGUGCCGCGAAUUGGGAUUGCAGUAUCGCACUGAGGAGAAUGAGGGUAGGAUCUUUGUGAACUUGCAGGGUGGUGAUGUGCAUGAGAUGCCGCCACCGCCUCAGGCUCCGAGCUAUGGUGGUUACCCUGGACAACAUGGUGGUCAACAUGGUGGACAGCAUGGCGGACAACAUGGUGGGCAGCAUGGCGGACAACAUGGUGGGCAGCAUGGCGGACAACAUGGUGGGCAGCAUGGCGGACAACAUGGCGGCCAGCAACAUGGUGGUCAGCAACACGGUGGCCAGCAGCAUCAUGGACAACAGCAAGGUCAGAACGAUGAGAUUGAGCAGAUGGCCAAGAAGGGCUUGUCUAGGUUGCUCAAGAAGCUUGGGUGCUGUACGGUUAUGUAA